AGCGUAGAAUAUUUAAAGCCUGAGUUUCGUACCGCCGUGUAUCUUGUCGGUGUUGCUGGUCUACGGUCAUCGUUGUUAGUCAUCGAACGUUUAUAGACGGAGAAGAAAUGAUAGAAGUAACUGAUUCGACGCUCUUUUUUGUUUUUCUCUUCUUCAUCUUGGCUGUAGGGCAAAGUAAAGCGGAAAAUGGAUAUGUUGUAGCCAAUGUGACAAACAUCACUUGUAUACAAGGAUCGACGAUAAUCAAGCAAUAUAAUAUCAGUGAAUGUGGGGAUGUCCUGAACUACAAAACUCCCGAUUACAGCACAAUUCCAUUUUCAGAUACAAACAUAACACAAGUUACUUCUAAUCUCAAACAGUCGUUGAAAUCAUUUACUAUGAUUCCAUCGGCAAAUGCGACCUGCAAAACAGCAAGCAUCAAGUACCAAUGCCAGAACGCCUUCCGAUAUCGUUGCAUGGGAGAAUCUGCAGUAGUAGAUACGGAUAACCUUAGAGCAUCCUGUAACGAUGCCAAAACAAGUUGUUCUGCAUUAAGAUCAAUUUAUGAAAAAUAUUUCGAUAUUUUAUUUAACUGCUUAUCUAUUACUUCUCAAACAAUCCCUCUGAAGCAACAUUGCGUCUCCUUUCCAAAGCUAGAAAACGAGCCCUAUUCAUGCGACAGUAAUUUUCAGAUCCUCGUGGCAGGAGGAAGGAAUAAAAGCACCAUCAGUGCAAAGAUCGUCCAAGAACAGCAGUAUCUGAAGAAAGCCAACUUAAGCGACAAGGAAUGCGAGAAAAACGUUGGAGAAGUUAUAUGUAAGAUGACACCUGCGUGCUCUAAAGACAAUACCAAAGUUAUUGCCUUCCUAAGAAAACAGAAAUGCCUUGAAAUGGUCUCAUGUGUAAAUACCACGAAAAAUGAAACUCUGAUAAAAUGGGCCAGCGAAUUGUGCAAUGAUUUCGCCAGCGAUACAGACAAACCAUACCCUCUUGACAAAGUGUACACUAAAAAUGACGUCAGUAGUACAGAAAAACCUGAUAAUGGAGUCAACAAAAACGUUCUGACGUGGAACGCUUUCUUCCUUAUUGCUUUCGUAGCGUCGAAAUUGAGCAUCUAACCGAAGCUUUGCAAGUUCAUGCUUCAAUAUUAUCGACUCUAUUUGAUCGUUAGUUGUGACGAACAUGUUCAACGUAAAUUUAAAAUGCACGAUUUAGAUAUUUACUUAAUUUCUUAUUUAGGACAAUUUGCUAUAUUAUUAUUUGCAAAUUGUAAAUCUUUAUUAAAAUCCUAUGACGGGUGUAACAAUUUUUAAUUCAAAUAUAAAUUAUAAUUAAUAUUUGGUAAUUGUAUAAAAUAGUGAGUUACGGCUUUGAUCA